CUCACAAUCUACCCCCUUUAAGGACCCAACGUCCUUGUUGGCACACUGCCCGGUGUUUGACUCUAUUACCAUUUGGAAUGACUCAAGUCUACCGCUAGCAGAUAUUGUCAUUUUUUGGUUUUCCCUUUUGGGCUUCCUCAAAGUUUUUAAAAUAUGUUUAGUAGGCAAAGGUUUUUAUAUCUUAUAAGGAAUGCUUCGAUUUCCUUUCCUACUAAUGCUUCGUAUUCUUUCCAUCACUUCUAUGACAUGUAUUAAGUGUGUACAUGUAGACCAAUUAGCUUUUAUUCAAAUAAAACACAAUCAAUCUAUCCAUUUCGUACAUAUAGACCAGAGAAAGGUGAUAUGUCCAUUAUGUCUCUUUAGGAAAAUCAAUUUUCUUUGGAAGAUUUAGUCAUGCAAAGAAGAGGCAAAUGGUUGCAGGAUUUGGUGUUAUACAUUUAUUUUGGUGAAGAAAUCUGUUCAAACAGUGGCCUUGAAUGAAAGGAGAUCUCAUGAACAGAGAAUUAAAAAUAAUUGGACAGUGUCCACUCUUGAAUUGAAGGGAUCAAUGGAAGGAAGAAAAAGAAAAACAUUUAUCAAGUUGUGGAGCACUAAAAGAAACACAUCCCAAAGUACCAAUGUACUUUCUCUCUCUAGGUUUAUUCUUCAUAGUCACGUGUCUCUAGAGAGAGAGAGAGAGAGAUUAUUAUGUGAAGUGGAAGCAAAACUGUAGCUCUUUGUUAUACAGAGACAAUGAUUACCUUGUGAGUGAAGAAAAAUGCAAAAAAAGGACAAGAAUUGAGUCAAAGACAAGAAGACCAAACAUCCCCUUCCCUCUCUAUCUCUCUCUCCAUUGAGAGACACAUACACAAAUGGAGGUCCCCCUCCAAUCCGUUUUCCACUCCACCUAGCAACCAACCAACACAAUCUUCUCUCUCUCAACACAUAUUCACCAUUCAAACCCAUAUUCUUCAAGCAACCAAAGCAUCCCCAACCGUCUCCAUCAUCAUCACCCUUACCACGCCAUGAAGCCUUCUCUUUUUCUCUCUGUACAUACCUCUCACAACACACACACACAUAUAUAUGUACAAUUCUCCAUGCAGUGACCAAACUCAGUUGGGAGAAAGGAAAAAAAAAAAAAAAAACACAUAAGAAGAGAAGAGAGAAGAAUGAGAAAACCGGAAGUGGUUCCCGGAAAAGAGAAUGCUGAGAAGAACAAAUACCGUAAAGGGCUGUGGUCGCCGGAGGAGGACGAGAAGCUGAUGAGGUAUAUGUUGAACAAUGGGCAGGGCUGUUGGAGUGACAUUGCUAGGAAUGCAGGGCUUCAGAGAUGUGGCAAGAGUUGUCGUCUUCGUUGGAUUAAUUAUCUUCGCCCUGACCUUAAACGUGGAGCCUUCUCUCCCCAGGAAGAAGAGCUUAUUGUCCAUUUGCAUUCCCUCAUAGGCAACAGGUGGUCUCAAAUUGCAUCUCGUUUGCCUGGACGAACAGACAACGAAAUAAAGAACUUUUGGAAUUCCACCUUAAAGAAAAGGUUAAAAAACAACCUUUCGUCCUCUCCCUACAGCCAUGAAUCAUCAGAUCCUAGAUUCGACAUGAUGUAUGGAGGGAUAAUGGCAAUGCAAGAACACGACAUCAUGAGUAUGAACAUAAGCAUGGAUUCAUCGUCGACCUCCUCAUCGUCUUCCCAGUUACCGUUUUCUGCAACAGGACACAGCUCAUUUGACGGUUCAUCCAUGGCUUUUGUAGACAACAACUUCCAAAUGGCCUCUGUGGCCGAGGCCACCAAUGGCUUCCUGCAAGCACCAGGAGGAGGAGGGUGCUUGACAGAAAUGGGAAUGAGAAUGGAAGAGCGGUUUAGGUAUGGAGGUUUGGAGGGUGAAAGAUCAAUGGAAAUUGAAAGAGAAGUGGUAUGUGGUCCACAUGAAGAAAUGAUGAACCACCCUCCAUUAAUGAACAAUAAAAGCAGUUUUGGUCAGUAUUUGGGCACAAAUGAGCAGAAUUUGAAUGUGGAGGAGAUGUUUGGAGACAUGGGAAGCCAUGGACACUUACAAGACAGCUUGAAGAUGGGUAGUAAUGAAUGGGAUUUGGAAAGCUUCAUGCAAGAUAUAUCCUCAUUGCCUCAUUUCCUUUGAUCUCCAACCUCUAAACCUCUCCAAAUCUUCAUUUAUUUUACAAUUUCUUUGGAAGGGGAAAACAAAAAUCCCACAUACAUACAUACAUAUAUAUAUAUAUAUAUAUAUAUUCUUUGUCCCUCAUUUCUUCAUAUAUAUAUAUAUAUUUCCCCAUAUAUUAUAUGAUUUCUUAUCUGUCAAUAAAACCCCACAAAAUAAAAGAAUGAACAGCUGAGAGAGUUAGAGGUGGGAAGGUAGAUUGAAGAUAAAGCAGUGUUUUGCAAUGCAAAAAAAAGGGCUUCUGUUCUACAAAUCCCAAGUUGAGAGACAACUUUUGGUAAGUUAGUGUACCUUCAAAACAUGGUGUUUUGUUAGCAGCAAAGGGUUUGGAUCAUUUGUUGUUUUUGUCAUUUAUGUGUACAAAAGCAUAAUAUACAUCAAGACGUUUCUUUCCUUGAUAAGACAAUAUUGUUUAUAUA